GUCUGCAAAGAAAACAAAAAAUGUUGCUAAAGAAAAAACACCAGAUGAGAAAAAAGAUGAAAUAGAAAAAAUAAAAGCAUAUCCCUAUAUGGAAGGCGAACCUGAGGAUGAUGUCUAUUUAAAACGGUUAUACCCGAGGCAGAUAUAUGAUGUGGAGAAAGCUGUUCACUUACUUAAGAAAUUUCAAGUUCUUGACUUUACUGGUCCAAAGCAAAGUGUUUAUCUUGAUUUGACACUGGAUAUGACACAGGGAAGGAAGAAAAACGUGGCACCAUUUACCAGUGUUCUUAGUUUGCCAUACCCAUUUGCUUCGGAAAUCAAUAAAGUUGCUGUAUUUACAGAGAAUGCAUCAGAGGUCAAAAUAGCAGAAGAAAAUGGAGCUGCAUUUGCAGGAGGCACUAGUCUGAUACAGAAGAUUUGGGAUGAUGAAAUUGUUGUAGACUUUUAUGUAGCUGUUCCAGAAAUAAUUCCUGAACUUAAUCGAUUAAGGAAGAAGCUGGGUAAAAGAUUUCCAAGGGUUUCUCAAAAUUCCAUUGGCCGUGACAUCCCCAAAAUGCUUGAAUUCUUCAAAAAUGGACAUGAAAUUAAGGUAGAUGAAGAAAGGGAGAAUUUUCUGCAGACCAAAAUAGCAAGAUUGGAUAUGUCAAGUGACCAGAUAGCUGCCAAUCUACAAGCAGUUAUUAAUGAAGUUUGUAGGCACAGACCACUGAAUUUGGGUCCCUUUGUGAUACGUGCUUUCCUUCGUAGUUCAACAAGUGAAGGUUUAUUACUGAAGAUUGAUCCAUUGUUGCCUAAAGAAGUAAAAAAUGAAGAAAGUAAAAAAGACAUCUAAAUGUGUUGAAUUGCGAAAUUACUUUAAGUGGUUUAAGAAGCAAUGGAGAAAAUUAUAAAACUGCAUAGUUUUUACAUUUGAUGUCUCGUUAUUGAUCAUACUUGAAAGUGAACUUUAACACUGAAAAAUCUUAGUCAUUUCAAGAAUAAGAAAAUAAAAUUUUCUCUUUGUCUGAACCUGC